AUGGCGAGAGAAACCCCUGCGAGGCUCACCACGACGCCGUGGGACAUGUUCAUGUUCGUGCUCACCUACAUCGCCGCUGUCUUCAUCACUCUCGUCGACGCUGAGGCAUGCAACACCACUACCGUGUCCCUCAUGGUCACAGUGACAGACCUCGUCUCCUUGCCAAACACUGCAACGGUCACAGUCACUCAAUUCGACCCAGCACCGGAAGGGUUGCCUCCAUUUCUCUCCACCAACGCCACUGGUACCUUGACUCUGACCGAACUCACCACUAUCACGGCAAGUGGCAGCGAGAUCGACCCGCAGACCGCCUCAGUCGUAGACUCUAGCUCGACUAGUACCAUGACAGUCUUCUCAACUACGACCUUGGCUCUCUCUUCUGUGACCAGUACUGUGACCGAUUCCGAUGACUCUGAGGCACCUGCUGCCAGCGGUACUCGCGUGUCUGUCCCGGAGACUCUCAGUCUGAUGUUCCCGACAGUGACCUUCGGUGUUCCCUGCGAUGCCACUGCGAGCUGCAAUGCCACCACUGAGGCUCCAAUCCCGGUCAGCAACAUGACUUCAACUUACACAAUGACUGUCACCGAAUCUGUCCAUGUUGGCGCGACUCCGUCAAACCCUUCGCCAUCCUGGGGUGCUCCGGAUGUUGGCACUUCAAGUCCACCAUUUCCCAAUACCACGAUCGAGCCAACCUUCCCCUUCUCGAUUUUGCCCCUGCCAUCAGACUGGAGUGUUGCAUCCUCAGUCACCAAGAGCCUCACGACACUACACAACGGCACUGAAACAAUUUGGGCCUGGACAACAGUCACUCUCCCCAGCAAUGGCGCCAUCAUGGCUACUGUCGAGCCCAUCGCCUCGGUCUUGAGUGAAGCCUCCUCACUUCUCGGUGAGGCUUCCUCAGUGAUCGCGACAAAAACACAGUCCGUUACCGUCACAGACAUUGCUUCAAUCUUGAGCGAAGCCUCUUCACGUCUCAGUGGCGCUUCAUCAAUAAUCGCGACCAAGACACAGUUCACCACCGUCACGGAUGUUGCCUCGGUCCUCAGUGCUGCAGUUUCGCACCUCAGCGUCGCCUCUGCCCAGAUUGCGACCAAGACUUCUGAUGCUGACGCUGCCACUUUCACCGUGACAGUCUUUACCACCAUCUCCAAGACCGUCGAUGCUGCUGCCGAGCCUACUGGCUUUGCCGUCAACGUGACCUUACCGGCUUCUGAGACACAAGCUACACAGCCGGCAGUUUUCACCGUGACCUCAGUUGUCACUCCGCAGUACACCAACUCGACUUCGACGACCACGGUCUUCAGCACAAUCCCUGCCAUUGCUCCUAGCAAUUCAACCACCUUUGUCUUUGUGUCCACCAUCGUCACUGCUGGUUUCUCUGAUGUCACCACUGUACCAGGUCCUGUCACAGGAGGCAAUAGCACCGCCACUGCUCACGCCAGCAAGGUGACCUCGUACGUCUCAAGCAAUUCCACUGUCUCUGCGACGGCAUCUGUGUCGACUGCCUUGCCCCUCUUCAACGGCACCUUGAAUGGGUCAGCAUCAUCAUUGCGCGCUCCCCAAAUCUUCAGCCUCUUCAGCAUGCUCCUUGACAAGAAGAAGAGCCUCGUCGGUGCUGUCAACGCAGGUGUUCCGGUGUUCUCGAACCAUCCCACCGUUACACUCUCGAAUGAUGGCGGUGAACCUGUCAAGAGAGCUGAACUUCCGACCCUUCCGGUCGCCUCGCUUGUGGUCCCGUUUUCAGAGCUGUCGGCCAGCCCGAUCAGUUCGGUGCCCGCACAUCCUGCACCCGUGUCCAUCUCUGUGAGCAUCAGCACCACAACCGAGUCCUGCAACUGCACCGCAAUGCACAACGGCACUGGUAGUACAACCCUCGCACGUGGCAGUACGACGAUCACGCUUCCCACGACCGUGCUGGACACAUCGACCAUCUUCUCCACAUUGACGACCUCGCUCGCCAAUGCUACCACGCCACUUUUCAACAUCUCGACGUCCGCCUCCACCAACGCGUCGUUCUCAGCGCUGAACACCACGUCCAUGGCCUCGUCGAGCACACACUCACCACCUGCAUUCGGCUCGCUCGUCAACAGCAGCACAACAACCACGACGUCGGCGUCCAUGCACGUCAUCACGACACAUCCAACAAUCACGGUAACCCACACCACCAGUGCCGUGACGGCCACGGCCACGGCGUCCUCGGACGUCGGUCGCGUCGAGAUCACCGUCGGCUUGUUGAUCCUCGUCGCCGUGGGCGCUUGGUUCGUGCUGUGA